ACAUUGCUUUCUUUAAUUUGCAUUUUGAAGUUUGGUUCCAUGGCAGAGAAAAGCAAAAUCCUAGUCCUGGGAGGAACAGGAUACAUUGGAAAAUUCAUAGUUGAGGCAAGCACAAAAGCUGGACAUCCCACGAUUGUCUUAGUCAGGGAAAGCACCGUUUUUCAUCCUAAGAAAUUACAGCUUAUAGAGAGCUUCAUAAGUUCCGGAGUCACUGUGCUCUAUGGUGACAUAACUGAUCAUGAAAGCCUCGUUAAGACAAUAAAGCAAGUUGAUGUUGUAAUCUCUACUGUUGGUGGAGCACAAAUAGAUGACCAAAUGAAGAUCAUAGCCGCAAUAAAAGAAGCUGGAAACAUCAAGAGGUUUCUCCCCUCAGAAUUUGGGUUAGAUGUGGACCAUCACAGUGCAAUAGAGCCAGCAGCUAGCUCUUUUGAGAAAAAGGUGAAAAUUCGGAGGGCAAUUGAAGCUGAAGGUAUACCUUAUACUUACAUAUGUUCCUAUGCCCUUGCUGGAUAUUUCCUACCUACGAUGGGACAACAAAAUGCCACAGCUCCUCCCCGGGAUAAGGUAGUCAUUCUAGGAGAUGGAAAUGUCAAAGGAGUUUAUAUUACGGAGGAGGAUGUUGGGGUUUAUACCAUUAAAGCAGUGGACGACCCAAGAACCUUGAGGAAAACUUUGCUCAUAAAACCCCCUGCCAAUGUUUUGACCUUCGACGAACUCAUCUCCUUGUGGGAGAACAAGAUUAAGAACACCCUCCAGAAAAUUUAUGUUCCAGAGGAUCAAAUUCUUAAGAAUAUCCAGGAGUCUCCUUUCCCUCAGAGUCUCUUGUUAGCAUUUUCCCACUCGAUGCUGGUAAAGGGAGACUGCACAAAGUACGACCUUGACCCUUCUUCUGCCGUGGAGGCUUCUGAACUUUAUCCUGAGGUGAAAUACACCACCAUUGACAACUACCUGGACCAGUUUGUGUGAAGUCUCGCUAAAGAAUGCGUUGUAUGAAAUUAUAUAAAGUGCUAGUAGCUCAACCCAAAUCAAUAAAAACAACAGCUUCUUUUGUGUGUAAUUGGCUUAGCUGUUCUUUUUGUUAGUCACUUGGCCUUUGUUUUCAUCAAAAUAAUCCCUUCGUGUUGUAUUUUAGUGUGUAUAGUAUGUAUUGCUGUUUACUUACAUGUAAAGAAUUAAGUUCUUCUAAGUAUUGAAGUUGUAUAACAAAUUGUUCAAUAUUUUUCAUUGUGAUACAAAAUUUGUCGUGCAGUUACAAACAAUUAUUAAAUGAAGACCCCGGAAUGGAUAGACAAUCUACAUAAUGAUAUUUUCUUUACGCUUUAUGAAAGAGAACGAAAUUUUUAGCAAUUUCCUUGCCUAAACUGACUGUACGACGAAGCAACUUAACCGAUAUAUUAUAGUAAAUAACUUGAUACUACAGUUUUGCAUCCUCGAAGCUGAAUUUACGUCGUAAUUUCUCAUGCAAGUUUUGGUGCUUCCCGUAUCAUGCCAGUGAAUUUCAUGGAAUAUGAGAUACUUGUGGAAAGAGAAGUGUCAUUCCUGCAUCAUUAUUCUAGAUCAAAUUAACAAGGAUGAAAACACCAUUUUGUUGUCUUACAUAUUUUUUAAAACAUAAAACAAAGUAUAAAGACUCAGAACAUUAUUGUAAUUAUUGCUGAAGCCUAAAGCAUAAAUUGUUAUUAUCUAACCAAACUCCACGUUACUUUCGAAUACACUUUUGCUCCCUUGCCCUCAUUACCACAAUAUUUUGAUGGGAAAACGUGACCUCCUACAACUGCAUGGUCGGAAACAAGGUUGUGGGCAUAAAUUCUUUAUGUAAUGUGAACAAAAAAGAAUGUUAAAAUUAAAGCAUGAUCAACUAAUCUAAUGCUAAGCUAGUUGGUGAAUUAAACUAUGCUUAUUUCUGGAAGGCUUGACGAAGAUAGAGCGUUGAUAACAAGAUGGGUAACUUCGUCACCGAAAGCUGGCACCUGACAAGAUGAUUCGAAAUACCUGUGCAAUCUGCAAUAUCCCAAAGCCAGAGAGAAAAGGACAAAAACGACAUGCUCGUGCAGAUAUGUGAAUGGGCUAAGAUACACAUUUUUUUCAUCUAUCCACACGUAAGCAUGUUGUCAAUAUCGUCACAAAUGAGUCUCAUUUCGAAACCAUCGCACUUGUGUUCCCAAUUUUUCUUAUUAUUUUUAUUUUUAUUUUAUUUGCAUGAUACCCUUUUCUGGCAUUGUCACAAAGUAACAAACUCGUCUUUUCCUCUCUGUCACUAUAUCAUUACAAGAUAGCAUCACAAAGUAAUUAACCAACCCACUCUCAGUUUCUAAAGUUAAGAGUCACCACACCAGUUUCAUUAGUUGCUGUUUGAGUUUAAUCAAUCUCAAAACCACUGUCUCAAUCUUUGGUGUUUGGCUGCAAAGUAAAUCAUUAACCAACCUUAGUUUUACAUGGAGCAGUCAUCCCCAGAUAACCGAUUUUCUCAUACUCCAAAUUCUACAUUCUCAACCAAGAAAGGAAGGAGUGGUUAUGAACCAUCAGACACAGAGACCGAGUGGCAAGAGAUUCCACGGCACGAACGAGAAAGAAGGAACUUAAUUUUAGGUCCUGAAGAAACAAAAGCUUUGACUCUAAUGAACAAAACCCCCAUGGCACUACACAGGAGGUACUCUACAAGGUUUGAAACUGAAGUCUCAAUCUCAUCAUCCUCAACAGCUUCAGUUUCCCGAAGAAAACACCAUAGCAAAUCACCCUAUAAGCUGCGCGUAGCAGGUGAUGAUGCUGCUUCAUCAUCAUCCAUAACCGUGUCUCCUUUCAGCAGAAGCCACGAGCAAAGAACACCCUCUAGAGAGAACAGAAAAGUGGUUGAGGCAACCGAGAAGCCACACUACAAAAGAGCAGUGACUGCUCCAAGGUUGAGGGAGCACGAGAGCAAUCAUGGAGGGAAAACCAAUGACAUGGUUGUCAAACAAAGGGAAGCUUUCAAAGCAACUUCAGUUGGAGAAAUCAACGAAAUGAUAGGCCAGGUGAAAUUAUAUGAGAAUCUCACUAGUGAUUAUUCAUCGGUGCUAGAAAGCACAGAUUCGAUUCAACCAGGUGAUCUUUUCUUUUCCCGCGAAUGCAAUGCCUUUCAAGGGAAGAAUUCUUCAUUGCCAAAAAGCAUUCAACAAUGUGGUCAUUUUAGUCCAAGGCCAUUGGUGACCCCCGUGAGAGCUCCCUCUGAAAAUAGAGAAAAUGGUGAUCUUAACCUCAAUAUGAAUAUCCGAGGAACAUCGUCCAAUAAUGUCUUGUCUCGAUCAACCACUACAAGUUCUGCUGCUACAAGCAGAAAGGGUAGUGGCACUGGGAAGCCAAGUAGCGUGACAAGCGAUGGUAGUGUAAAGACAACUGCAAGCAUGCAGAGAUUCACAUCCAAUCGAAAGAAGAACCAGAAAGAUGCAUGGUUUUCUUGUAUGAGAACAGGAAACUGUAGAACGACAAGAAAAUCGCCUGAACGUCGACCAAUUGAUGAAGCUUCUUUCAUUGGAAGGGCAUCAGUGGUGGAAAACCUCCCACAAUUCUGGGCAGAUAAACACCAACCUGCUUCACUUAAUGGCUUCAUUUGCAACAAACAAGAAGCUCAACUUCUCAAGGAAUUGGUAUAUAUUUUUAUAAAUACUGUCAUAUGAUCCCCAUUCUAUCCCAUAAGUUGUUUACUUCCCACUUUAUUUUACAAAUUUAUUCAAUUCCCUUUUCUUUUUAGGACAUCUUAGGGCCAGUUUGGAUUAAAUCUUAAUAUAAUUGAUAUUAAGAGUAUUGGUUUGUGUUUAGAGUAUAAUAUUUUGAAAUUGAAUUAAGAAGAAACGAUUUUGUUUAGACAGUAAAGUAAAAUUGCUUUUUUUCUUUUUGUAGUAUAAAUAAGAUGCAACGUGUGUUCGAAAAUAUGUUCGAUAAAUCUGUAAACGUAAAGUCAAUAUAGUAUUAAAAUAAACAUGAAUUUAUGACCAUUUAAACAUCAGUUUCAACACAUUUACAAUUUGUGAGUUUUGCAUGUUAAGGUAAUUUUACCCAAUAAAAAGAUUAAAAAGUUUUCUUUUUAGUGGCCUUGGAAAAUAUAAAGCAAAUGGACACGUACUAUUCUUAUUCUUACUUAUAAUUGUAUGGUUUUUGGCUCAACCUACUUUGUUUUUCAGGUGUCUCGGGGGUCUUGUCCUCAUAUUCUGCUCAAAGGACCCUCCGGUGCCGGGAAAAGACAACUAGCAAUGGCCCUUCUUCGAGAGAUAUACGGUGA